CCGCCGCGGGCCGUUCCGCCCGGAGCCGCGGCUCCCCCUCCAGCCGCGCUUCCUCGGAGCAUGUUCUGGAGGAGCAGCUCCCUCCCAAAACGCCCAAACGCAGCCGCUGUCCCGGUGCAGCCCGUGACAGACCCCUUUGCGUUCGGCAGACAAACGCCCCAGGGCUCCUCUUUAGGUACUGCGCCCAAGGGCCACGCGCUGGCUAUGCAAAGUCCUCCCCCAGGGGUGUUUCCCCAACCAGCUCUUAUGCAUCCUUCACCUCCACAUGCAGGAGACAAUCCUCAUGGACUGCCUACGCCUUUAUCAGCUCCUGUGGCUCAAGUGGGGAUAAAUCCCAGCACGUUUUCUAAUAUUCCAGCUUCUUCGCCGCCCCCAGGAUAUGUUAUAAAUAGUACGACAGAGGUUUAUCCAAAUGCAGAUGCUGGACUCCAUGGGCCCGCAGUGUCAUUGCAAUAUAAUACAGGAGCAGCACUUGAGAAUUCUUUCAGUGGGCAUCCUGGAAUGGUGUCUACAUCAAACAAACCUGGAGUUAGGCAAGAUGUUAACAGAGAAGCAAGCGAUGCUCCUCCGGGAUCCACUGCAACACUCUUCUCUCCGUCUCCUCAGCAGCCCAUGUCUCAGUGGAGACCUGUUCAAGGUAACGCGCAGUCUCCAGUUCGAAAUAUGCCCUACCCUGAGCCAUCUUUUCAACCUGACGUUCAUAACAUUUCUCAGUCUUCUGUUAGCACUUCUCAUCCUUCCCCACAGACAAAUUUGCAGCAGAGUCCUGUGCACCAAGCUGUUCCACAAAACAUCCUGCAAGCACCUUCAUUAGCUGGUUGUGAAAAAAAUGGGAAAAACAGCUCUGCAGGUAGCAGUCACCACGUGAAUAGCGUCCAGCCUGGAAAUAUGUUUAGACAGAACGCAGAAAUGACUAACUCUUGGUUAAAUCAACCCUACCAAGAGCAGUUUUACCCACAGCCACCACUGCAAGACUCCAGUUUUGUUAUUCCCACAGCUCAGGAAAAUAACCCCCAAAACCAGUCUUUAGAUAUGUCUAGUGCAUCAAAUAGACCUACCCCCACAGGUCGAGAGUCAGGAACUCUGUCUAUGUUUUUCAAAGGGGAUGAAGCUGAGAAUGAGGAAAUACUUUCAUCUGAAAAAAACUACAUGGUUGAGAAAACUGAAUUUGUUGGUCAGCCAAAUUUGGGACCCUUGUAUCACCAGCCAGUGCAUCCUCAGCGGGUUGCAACAAACGUUGUGUCUCAGGUGCAGACUGGUGCAGGCUCAUCCAGUGAGAUGGUACAAAAAGGAAUGGAUGUCCAGUAUUUUCCUAAAGCUAUAAGCAGUUCCCAGGAGACACAGACCAGUAAGCAUUCUGUGUUUGCUAAUGAUGACACGACACAUGCCGGAGGCCCAUCUGGAAACAGUGGGGCACAGUAUGAAAAUGUUGAGAACCUGGAGUGCAUCCAGAAUCAAGAAGUGCUGCCGAGUGAACCGCCGAACAUGAGCGCUCCGUCCCCAGCCGCCUGCUCCGAUCCCUACCGAUACGGAUCCUUGCCCGGUCAGGUGUUUCCCAAGAACUCUGUCGUGAGCCGUGCUGAGGGAGGACCAAAUUUGGAGGCACCUGAUUCACUCCCUUAUCCUGUUCGACCGGAUAGUGUGUCUUCCACCUACAGCAACCGGAGUGGGAAGCCUGAUGAAGAAGCUUCUGCGAGCUUCUUUAAACAGAUUGACUCUUCUCCUCUGGGAGGGGAUUCAAGCGAGCUAAACAUGAGCAAGAACUACCAUGGUAGUCUCUCCCAGCCUCCAACUCCCAGCCCUCCUAAGCCUACCGGAGUAUUCCAGACAAGUGCAAAUAGUUCUUUUGAACCUGUGAGGUCCCAUGGAGUUGGGAUAAAACCUGCAGAGAUCGACCAGGCAAAGAUGGUGGUUGAAUUAAGAGAGAACCAUCCAAACCAAAAGAAUACCAAGAAAAAUACAGCUAUGCCGACUGCCUCCCCAGGCAAUCUUGAACAGCCACCGGAUAAUCUGGAAACCAUUUUCAUGCCUCAGGUACACCCCCUGCCUCAUGCAGUCACAGAUGAAGCUGGAAAUACCUUGCAUUCUGGAUCUGGUAUGGAAAACAUACAGUCAUUGCCUGAGAGAAGGUCCUCAACAAGAGCUCAGGGAGUGGUUAAGAAGUGUGACAGCCCAGCAACAACUUUGUGGGCUCAUAAUGAGUUACCUAAUUUUGGGGGAAAUGUUCUUCUAGCUCCUGCUGCUCCUGCAGUGUAUGUACCUGCCAGGCAAACCAUAGAAGUCAUUCAGCCGCCAGAAGAAGGCCUGUCUAAUCAGCAACCAAAUAAACCAGGAACUAUUGCUGUGCAUCUUUCCCAAGAUGGAAAUAUAUCUUCCGAAAAUCUUGAGAAUCCUCCCAAAAUGGGAGAAGAGGAGGCACUUCAGUCUCAGGCAAGUUCUGGUUAUGCAAGUUUAUUGUCUUCUCCACCUACAGAGUCUUUGCAAAAUCAGCCUAUCCUCAUUGCUCAGCCUAAUCAAAGCUAUAACUUAGCUCAGCCAAUUAAUUUUUCUAUUUCUUUAUCUAAUCAGCUAAACAGAAAUGAAAACAAUCAGCCAAUGAAGGAUUCUGGGGUUGGGGACAGGCCUGCACUGGGUCCCCAGCCUUCACAUGCUGGUGGGAUCAUCUCUGGGGAGAAUGUGCCAUUACCUGCAAUGCAAGCUGGAUCUCUGCUAGUCAAUGCACUUCCAAAUACUAAUCUGUUAAACCAUAAUUUAUUGCAAAGUCCUGUUAAUUCCUCUGAUAUUGCCUCUAAUCAUCCUGCAAAAUUGCUGAUGCAAACUCCGCUUAAUUUGACUGCAGACAGUCAAUUGAAUGUUCAUUCUGAAGGCUUUGUUCCUGAAUUCGCUAGCAAACCAGGGACUCACUCAGCUGUUUCUCCAGGGACAAAUCACCCGAGUGGAAGUGCAAGUGCACUAGUCCCACCUGUUAGUUCUGUAGCACAGGCUAAUAAUUCCACAAAUCAUUCAAAUAGCAAAGAACAAGCUGCUGGUGUGCAUGACUUCACAGCACCGCGGACGCUGGAGAAAGGCAGUGCGAAUAAUUCUGUUCACGUGCAUAAUCAAUCGCUUCCCAGUGGGCCGGGGUAUCCUCAAGAGCCAGCUGGCAGUGCCGGACAGGUGGGUCCCGAAGUGCAUGACAAACAGCAUUUCUAUCAACAGGUGACAAAAGACCCCCAGUACCAAGCAGUCUCAGACAGAGCUGUACAGGGAGCGGUGCCGUCUCCACCACAAAUGCAAGCGCCUCAGAUGCAGCAGCCGUCGUCACCCGGGCAGCCCCCAGCAGCCCCAAGCCACCAAGCGGGGGCUAAAGCGGUGCAGGAGCCCCAGCAGCACGAGGAGCAGGUGCCUGGGAGCCACCCACAUCCCAAAGAGGGCAGCUCAGCCCAGCUCCCAGCGGGAUGUGAUCCCGAUAAGCAAGCAGUGCCUGCACAGUCAUCUUCCACAGCUGCUUCUGCCACCUCUCUAGCAGUGCUGAGUGUGCAGCAAGACCUGCAGCGUCCCCCGCCGCCUCAGACCCCUCAGGGUGCCUUUGGUCCACCACAAAAUCCUUAUUACUACUAUCGCCAUCCGUAUGAUGCCUACCAGCCUCCAUACCCAGCACCUUACCCUCCUGGAGACCCCAGAGCCACAGCUCAUCUCUAUUACAUGGAGGACAGCUAUGGGCAGUAUGACCCGCGGUACAGGCACUAUGAUAGCAGCAGUGCUGCAUUCCCAGAGGCUGGGAGCUACCGGUAUCCUGAGCCCGAGCGUCCUAGUUCCAGAGCCAGUCACUGCUCUGACCGCCCUUCUUCCAGGCAAGGGUAUAAUGAAGAUUACUAUGCAAAAGGUGGAUGGAGUGAUUAUUAUUCAGGCUACUACUCUAACUUAUAUGAUUACGGAGAUCCAAGUCGUUGGGAGCGUUUUUCCUCAGCAUAUGACCCCAGAUACAGAGAUCCUAGGAGUUAUGACCAGAGGUAUUGGUAUGAUGCUGAACACAACCCUUACCAAAAGAGAGAAGCGUAUCCCUAUGGGAACAGACUCGAGCAGUAUGAAGAUCACUGGCAAUACGAUCCGCGUUUCGCCGGCAGCUUCGAUGAUGAAGCUGAACCUCCCAGAGAUCCGUACGGCGACGAGUUCGACAGGCGCAGCGUCCACAGUGAGCGUUCCGCUCACAGCCUCCGGAGCUCCCGGAGCGUGCACAGCCGCCAGAGCAGUUUUAGCUCUCGUUCCCAACAAAGCCAGCUGUAUAGAAGUAAUCACGACCUAACGGCUAACGCGUACGAAACCGCGCAGGCCGUGUCGCUCCACGCGGAUUAUCCGUACGGCGGAUACGCUGCUAACUUUGACGGCCAACAGCCUUUUCCAGAUUACGGCUACCCACCCGAACCCGGCUGGUCGGCUGUAGAACACGCACCUUUAAGGCCCUCAACACCUGAGAAAUUUUCAGUGCCUCACAUCUGUGCUAGGUUUGCUCCUGGGGGAUACUUAAUAAAAGUGCUGCCAAACCUGCCUUCAGAAGGACAGCCAGCUCUGGUUGAAGUACACAGUAUGGAGACUAUGUUACAACAUUCUCCAGAGCAAGAGGAGAUGAGAGCAUUUCCUGGUCCUCUUGCUAAGGAUGACACCCAUAAAGUGGAUGUUAUUAAUUUUGCACAAAAUAAAGCCACACAGUGCUUUCAGAAUGAAAAUCUAAUUGAUAAAGAGUCUGCAAGUCUGCUUUGGGACUUCAUUGUGCUGUUGUGCAGGCAGAAUGGGACUGUAGUGGGAACAGAUCUGGCUGAACUUUUGCUACGAGACCAUAAAACAGUGUGGCUCCCUGGGAAGUCACCUAAUGAAGCAAAUCUGAUUGAUUUCACUAAUGAAGCUUUGGAACAAGUCGAAGAGGAAUCUGGCGAAGCCCAGCUCUCAUUUCUCACAGACAGUCUCAUAACCACAAUUGACAGCCUUGAGAAAGAGACAGAAAGAUUCAGAGAGUUGCUCCUUUAUGGCCGUAAGAAGGAUGCUCUGGAGUCAGCCAUGAAGCAUGGUUUAUGGGGUCAUGCUCUGCUACUUGCCAGUAAAAUGGACAGCAGGACACAUGCAAGAGUUAUGACCAGAUUUGCCAACAGUCUCCCAAUUAAUGACCCUCUGCAGACUGUUUACCAGCUCAUGUCUGGAAGGAUGCCAGCUGCAUCCACGUGCUGUGGAGAUGAGAAAUGGGGAGAUUGGAGGCCGCAUCUAGCAAUGGUGUUAUCCAACUUGACCAAUAACAUGGACUUGGAAUCCAGGACUAUUGCUACCAUGGGAGACACUCUUGCUUCCAAAGGCCUUCUGGAUGCUGCUCACUUUUGUUACCUUAUGGCCCAGGUCGGAUUUGGGGUCUAUACAAGGAAAACAACAAAGCUUGUCCUGAUUGGAUCGAAUCAUAGCUUGCCUUUCUUGAAGUUUGCGACCAAUGAAGCCAUCCAAAGAACAGAAGCCUAUGAAUAUGCUCAGUCACUAGGCACUCAGCCUGGCAACUUACCCAAUUUCCAGGUUUUCAAAUUCAUCUAUGCUUGCCGCCUCGCAGAAAUGGGCCUUGCUGCUCAGGCUUUUCAUUAUUGUGAAGUCAUUUCCAGAACUGUUCUUAAAGAUCCACAUUACUAUUCACCUGUACUUAUUGGCCAGUUAAUCCAGAUGUCAUCACAGCUACGCCUAUUUGACCCACAGAUAAAAGAGAAACCAGAACAAGAAUCCUUUAUUGAACCUUCAUGGUUAGUAAGGCUUCGACAUGUGGAUGGACAGAUCAAGGAGGGUGCAAUAGCUUAUAACGCAGACAGAUCUACCCCACAACAAUAUGCCUGUAGCACACCAAGCUCUGAAUUAGACCAUGCCAGUCAGUGUGAUGGAGCAGGAGUCGGCCAUGACAUGGGUCCUGGUACUGAAAAUGCUUUGUUAGCAUCCUUAUUGCCCAAUAUGGCACAACAGAUGCAAAGUGUGCAGCUGAUGCCUUCAGCACCUCAGACCAUCCUUGAUGGGUCGGCUGCUGCGAUUCCUCCUGCUGACCAGGAAGCCGUUCGAAGUGUCCCGUUCUAUUCGGUGGGUCCUCCGGCUGUUGGUCCAGGACCCGGCUUUGCACCUGCAGGAUUUCCGAGUCAGUACGGAGCUGAACCAUCACCACUCUACGUAGGGUCGACAGUACCUCCGGGAGGGCCACCACAAGAGACUGAACCACGUUCAGAAGAGCCUGCAAACCAGGAAACAGGCAUGCAGAGAACUGCCCCGGCAUCUCCAUCAAGAAAUACUUUCCCAGAUCAGAGAGAAGAGGAUUUCUAUGGCAGAAUGGCUGGCAUGGGCUACGGGCGAAGAUCUCGGACCACUUCAGAGUCCUCUGUCCAUUCUGUGGGACGAGAGAGAUCCAACUCUGCAGCAAAACAGCCCUCUCCUCCUCCAUCUAUUCCUGAAAGGAAAGAGACUAAAACGGAAAAAAAGAAUGAGCCACCAUCUAGAAAGACUGGGUCAACCUGGUUUCGCUGGCUGAUGGGAAAAGGAAAGAAUGAAGCUUACCUUCCAGAUGACAAGAAUAAAUCAAUUGUUUGGGAUGAAAAGAAACAACGCUGGGUUAAUUUGGAUGAACCAGAAGAGGAGGUAAUUUUAGGUCUCUGUAUUUGCCUAAGUGGAAAACUGAAAUCCGUGCUAGCAUAUAAUUCUCUUUAA